AGAGCAACGAAAUGGUCGAAAGAGAAGACGUAGCUGUAUCUAAAUCAACAGAUGCCCAAGGGAAACUUGUUGUCAACGAAGCUAUUGCUGACCAUAUGGUAUGUGAGUGUCAGUAUAAUCCAUAUGAUUUGCGAGGCAUUACCCUUUCUCCAUCUCCAUCUCCAUCUCCAUCUCCAUCUCCAUCUCCAACGAUAAUAAAUGUUCAAUGGACAGCUCCAUCUCUGUCCCCGGCUGCGGCUCCCACCACGGGUGAUGUUGUUGAUCAAAGUGGCAUCGCCAUUAGAGAAGCUUUGGAGGCAACAAUCCUCUCUGUUGGUGACAAACCGGUUGAACAAGGUGAUGCCGCUACAAUACGAGUGGCUAAAGCGAGGGCUGCUAGCAGCAGGAACUCAACAUAGUGGUCUUGGCACUAGAGCUCAAGCUGCUGCCACUUUCAACGACCGUACGACUUAUUGUCAUAAUAAGAUCACUAUAUCAGAUAUUUCAUCGAUAAGUUUAAAGAUCAAUCACGAGGUCAUUUGGUUGGAUUGUUUGUUAUUAUUAAUUAAUUUUCAAAAACUAUUAUUUUUUGAAUUUUCUUCGAGAUGUGUACAAGAUCUAUGGAAAAGCUGCCUACGGUUAAAACGGUGAAAAAUGAAGAUGCAGAAGAGAUGAGAGGGGCGAAGAAAAGAAACAAAGCUGACGUGAUAGCCACGGCUGGAGGAGUGGUGGAUACCAUGGCGACAGCUGCGAAGUUAAACAGGGACAUUCAUACGCCUUGAUGCUUGUCUUACAUAUUUAUAUAUUAUAUGGUAGACUUUUUUAAGGACCACAACCGAAUCUUUAUCGUCCGAGUUUUAUUAGCGUAAGACUCCAUCUGGGUUGUACGGUGGCUCGUGUAGCUGUCUUCAACUUUCUGUAUCGAAGCCGUUUUACCUGUGAAUCUUCCUACCUUGAUUAAAUUAGAAA